AUGGAUAAGAAACAAACCUCACCGGAGCUCUCGCAAGCUGAGCUUCCGCCAGCCCAAGAAGAGCAGGAUCCAGCAAAUCCACCGUCACGAAAACGACAGCUAGACAGCGACGACGACGCCGAACCACGGACAAAGCGAGCGCGAUUAACACGGCAGAACCUCGCACGCUUCAACAAGAUGGGCAAGAAGCAGCCCUCGGACCCCUCGGACGAUUCGGGAUCGACGAAGACCAUCUCCACAACGGCGUCUGGUUUCGCUAUCCAGGCCCGAAAGAAUGGUAUUCUCGAACCACGACACUCCCAACCACCCACAAACCUCCAAGACCUCCACGAACGACACGCCCGGUCCCGCGAGUCAGCCUCGCCACCCGAGUCUGUGUACAAGCAGUACACCAAGAGGGCCGGGCAAGCCAGGAACGAAACAACCAUGGUCAUCGAGACCAGUAGGAGGCUGUUGAAGGAGUACGACGACGAGGGCUAUGCGAGAGAAUUUAACCAGGCAUUUACGGGCUAUCCAAAAAAUGUCGGCUUCAAUAAUGGCUUAUCUACUCCACAGCCCGACUUCGUGGAGGGACUCGAGAUGGAGGAGUACCUCCCGUUCCCAGUCGACGAGUAUAUCGCCGGAGCCGUUCUUUAUAAAGACGACCCAGGUUCCGUGACGCUGCCACAUAUAGCGGGAGAGUGGAAGGGCCCCGCGGGAGACAUAAGAGAAGCAGAGCUGCAGAGCCGAUAUAACGGAGCAGCCCUGGUCCACGCAAGGAACCAAGCUCUUUCCUACAUAAGAAAAUCUGACCCUCCUGGUCACGCCGAAAUUACGACAUUCACUACGAACGGCAAGAACAUUAAUUUCUUUGCACACUAUGCGGCUAAAUCAGAAGACGGCACGCUCGAGUAUCACCAGUUUCCUAUUAAGUCGACGAGUUUAGUUAACUCUCAUGGAGAACAUAAGGAGGGCCGAAGGGACUCAGGAACGCCCAGGACUACGCCAGGGAACAGUCGUAUGCUCUGA